CGCGGCAGCCGGACCUCAGCGGCUCUGGGCCUGGGCCGGAGUGCGGCCAUGGCCUCGACACCUGUGGAGAGCUUCGUGACCAAGCAGUUGGAACUGCUGGAGCUCGAGAGAGACGCGGAGGUCGAGGAGCGCAGAUCCUGGCAGGAAAAUGUCUCUCUGAAGGAACUCCAGAGCCGAGGCGUCUGUUUGCUGAAGCUGCAGGUAUCCAGCCAGCGGACCGGGCUGUACGGACGGCUGCUCAUUACCCUCGAGCCCAGGAGAUGCGUAUCUGCAGCUGUGCUUCCUAGUAACAGCUUUACUUCUGGUGACAUCGUGGGUCUGUAUGACGAAAGUGGUCAGCUGGCCACUGGGAUCCUGACCCGCAUCACCCAGAAAGCGGUCACCGUGGCCUUUGAUGAGUCCCACGAUUCCCAGCUGAGUUUGGACCAAGAGCAUUCCUACAGAUUGUUGAAGCUUGCCAACGACGUGACUUACAAGCGACUGAAAAAAGCUCUGAUUUCCCUAAAGAAGUAUCACUCUGGCCCCGCAUCCUCACUCAUAGAGGUCCUCUUUGGCGCAUCAGACCCCAGUCCUCCCAGCAAGAUGCCCCCGCUGACCUUCUGCAACCCCGCCCUGGACGCCUCCCAGCAGGAAGCGGUCCUGUUCGCGCUAUCCCAGAAGGAACUUGCCAUCAUCCACGGGCCCCCGGGCACUGGGAAGACCACCACCGUGGUGGAGAUCAUCCUUCAAGCUGUGAAACGGGGCUCAAAGGUUCUGUGCUGCGCACCCUCUAAUGUCGCUGUGGACAACUUGGUGGAGCGGCUGGCCCAGUGGAAGCAGAGGAUUCUCCGCCUCGGCCACCCAGCCCGCCUCCUGGACUCCAUCCAGCAGCACUCGCUGGACGCGGUCUUAGCACGCAGCGACGGCGCCCGGGUCGUGGCCGACAUCAGGAGGGACAUCGACCAGGCCUGGGCGAAAAACAGAAAGACCCAGGAUAAGAGAGAGAAGAGUAAUUUUCGAGAUGAAAUCAAGCUGCUGAGGAAGGAGCUGAAGGACAGGGAGGAGGCAGCCAUGCUGGAGAGCCUGGCGGCGGCCAGUGUGGUCCUCGCCACAAACACGGGCGCCUCUGCGGAUGGCCCGCUGAAGCUGCUGCCCGACAGCCACUUUGACAUGGUGGUCAUCGACGAGUGUGCCCAGGCCCUGGAAGCCAGCUGCUGGAUCCCCCUGCUGAAGGCCCGGAAGUGCAUCCUGGCCGGAGACCACAAGCAGCUGCCCCCCACCAUCGUCUCCCACAAGGCUGCGCUGGAGGGGCUGUCGCUCAGCCUGAUGGAGCGCCUGGCGGAGCGGCACGGAGCCGGGGCGCUGCGGAUGCUGACGGUGCAGUACCGCAUGCACCAGGCCAUUGCGCGCUGGGCCUCGGAGGCCCUGUACCACGGGCAGCUCACCGCCCACCCUUCCGUGGCUGGGCACCUCCUGAGGGACCUCCCGGGCGUGGCGGCCACCGAGGAGACAGGCGUGCCCCUGCUGCUGGUGGACACAGCUGGCUGUGGGCUGCUGGAGCUGGAGGAGGAUGAUGAGCAGUCCAAAGGAAACUCCGGUGAAGUGCGCCUCGUCGGCCUGCACGUCCAGGCGCUGGUGGAUGCGGGUGUCCGGGCCGCCGACAUUGCCGUUAUCACGCCGUACAACCUGCAGGUGGACCUGCUCAGACAGAGCCUCGCGCACAGGCUCCCGGAGCUUGAGAUAAGGUCCGUCGACGGCUUCCAGGGCCGGGAGAAGGAGGCUGUGAUCCUGUCCUUCGUCAGAUCCAACAGGAAAGGUGAGGUGGGCUUCCUCGCCGAGGACCGGCGCAUCAACGUGGCGGUCACCCGCGCACGGCGCCACGUGGCCGUGGUCUGUGACUCCCGCACCGUCAGCAACCACGCCUUCCUGAAGACCCUGGUGGACUACCUCACGGAGCACGGCGAGGUGCGCACGGCCUUUGAGUAUCUUGACGACAUCGUCCCCGAGAACUACUCCCACGAGGGUGCCCAGGCAGGCGGGAAGCCCCGGGGCUCUGCUGCGACAGCCAGGAGGGCCCCUGGGGGGACCGGGCCGGGCCGGAAGAAGCCGAGCAGGGCGCCCUUGGGCUCCUCCGAGCCGCAGCCUCAGCCCAGCCUCGAUGGAGGCGGCGGCUGGGAGGGCGCUGGGAGCAGAGACGGCGCAGACGGCUUCAGGGCCACGAUUGCGGAGUUCGUGGCGAGUGAGAAGACGCAGCUGGAGUUCCCUGCCUCCCUGAAACCGCACGACAGGUUGCGGGUCCACCAGAUCGCGGAGGAGUUCGGGCUGAGGCAUGACAGCACCGGGAAGGGGAGGGAACGCUUCAUCACGGUGAGCAAAAGGCCCCCGCCCACCCCCGAGGCGCCGCCCACCCCCGCGGGGCCCGAUGGCAGAGCCCCUCUGCGUCCAGAGACCCCCAGCUCCAAGCAGCCAGAGCCCCCUGUCGGGGAGUCGAGCGGCCGGGACCAGCCGGACCUGAAGGCGCUGCACCUGGAGAGACUGCAGAGGGCGGGGGCCCAGCAGGAGCAGUGGGCCAGGGAGGGGCCCUGCGCCCCGGGCCCCGCGCCCCGGAAGUUACCGGAAAAGAAGAAGAAGAAAGAUGCGAGAGGCCCCGUGGCCAUAGAGCUGCCCGCCGAGGAGGACUUUGAUGCCCUGGUCUCGGCUGCCAUCAAGGCGGACAACACCUGCGGCUUCGCCAAGUGCGCGGCCAGCGUCGUGACCCUGGGCCAGCUCUGCUUGCACUGCGGCCGCCGCUACUGCCUCAGCCACCAGCUGCCCGAGGUCCAUGGUUGUGGGGAGAGGGCUCGCGCCCACGCUCGGCAGAGGAUCAGCCGGGAAGGGGUCCUCUACCCCGGCAGUGGGACCAAGGACAGGUCCCUGGACCCCGCCAAGCGGGCCCAGCUGCAGAGGAGGCUGGACAAGAAGCUGGACGAACUGACCGGCCAGAGGCGGAGCAAGAGGAAGGAGAAGGGCAAGUGAGGCGGGUGCCCUGCCGUCCCCAUGGCCUCUGGGACCAGCGGGACCUGCAGUGCCUUUCCCUUCCUGGUGGCGGCUCUGCGCGGUCACAUGGCAGCCAGACCCACAUCACCCCUGGCCGCGGGGUGAAGUGCCUGCCAAGGACCCAGUGAUGAGCUGCUCUGACGAGCCGGGACAAGGCGGAGAGGCUGGGGGAUCCCAGACCAGGCCGCUUCUCAGGGCUGCUGUUGGGGAUGGAAGCCCUCGUGCGCUCCCCACCCCCGCCCCCGAGGGUCUCCUGUGAGCCCCCUCUCCGGGGUGCGUCGUGGGCUGCCGCUGCUGGGUCAUGCACUCCCCUGGACUUGGGCCUGGGCCUGCGACCCUGUGAAGGUGACGGACGGCCUCGCGGCCCAGGGCGGCAACUCCCAGCCCUUCAGGUCAGACAGGACAGAGGACGUCUCAGAGCCAGCGCUUCUCCCAGAUGUCCCCACUUGUGGCUCGGCCCGCAGCGGGUCUGUGACCUCACUGGGCCGGUUCCCGUCUCUCUUCUCUGGGGGCUGCAGUGACCCCACCCUGACCCCAACCAACGCGACUCUGGCCUUCUGGUGCCCUGGAGGUCAGAGGUCAUGUCCGGGUGUGGUUUGGGGAGGCUCCCUGCCAUGCCACCUAUCCGUGUCACUGUCUGCAGUGGUGGUCUCAGAGAAGAGCCCCCGAGAGCCCCGGCCUAGCCGAGCCUGCAGACCCGAAGCCCCUGGAGGGCUGCUCCAGGGUCCCUUCUUGAGGAGAACCUCAGAUGGAUGUUUUGUUUUAUUCUCAGAGCUUUAUUUGUUUCAAAGGAAUAUAAAUUAUUUAAACAUUAAGUGAAAACAUGCACACGGCCACAGUA